AUGCUCGGCGCACAAUCUGCCCCUUCGUUCCUGCCGGCAUCGGCGUCGCGGUCAUCAGCGCCGCAGUGUACGCAGCCUCAGCAGCUGAUUGAACGCAGGCCACAUGACACACUUGUACAGCAUUCCCCGUACGGGCCGUCACGGAACACCAUCUAUGGGUGGGGCAAUCUCUUCCAACCCCCCAUGACCGCCACCGUUCCUGGCCACCCGUGCAUCCACAUCGGAAUCAGCUCGCUGAAUGGCGUGCCAACUGUAGGGCAAUCGGACAGGUCGAUGCGCAGCCUGCUGACUCAGUAUCGCAAGAAGUUCAACUGUUUGGAACACUGCUACCCUUACCAUAAGGUGGGAGACCCGGGGACAUGGAGGAUGUGGGCGGACAUGGUGAGGAACAGCAAUGUUACCGACGGCGGCCGCGCCCAUUCACUCAAAACGGCAUCGGUGCUCCCACCACACACAGUUGAAGGCGCUGCUGCCGCUGGUGUCUCCUCCGCGGGAGCGACGCCGUUGCGCCCUCUCACCGUCAACGCCAACCGCUUUUUGUACACCAUCAAGGCGAACAAUUUCCUCACUCACGUCAAGCAGCUGCAGAUGGACGACGCGGAUGUCCUGGCUCACGUGCAGGUCUUUUUUCAAGAGCUGUGCCCACUGCUGGAGCCGUUUUUGGGUCCCGUGUUGGUGCAGCUACCGCCGUCUUUUGGGUACUCAGCUGCCAACGUGCAGCGACUCACCAGGCUGUAUCAGCUGUUCUCCCAAGAGGAAGUGCUGUUGCUAGAGACAACGUCGGUACCACCCAAGGCUUUUUCGUCUUCAGGAACGCCCUCGACACCGGCGCCUUGCUCGAGUGCACCGCGGAGGCAGCGACGCCUCCGCGUCGCGGUGGAGUUCAGAAGUCGCUCGUGGUACCGCGACGAGACGUUCGGCCUCCUGCGCUCCUUUCGCUGGGCACUUGUGGUGGCGCACCACCACGAUGACCCGACGUACUCGCAAGUGGUCGACACCGGUGCGGGAUUCCUCUACGUCCGCCUACACGGACCGCUCGGACGCAACGUGGGCGACUACGGUCCUUUGGCGAUGCGACUGUGGGCAGAAAAAAUGGUGCAGUACCUCCAUUCCGAAAGGAGUUCUGCCGACGGCGGCGCGACGAGUGCAGUACCAGACGAUGCGACACGUGAAGUUUUUAUCUUUCUGAAUAACAGCGACUCCAAUGUAGGCGGCACGACGAGCUCGGCCGUGGACGCGACAUGCCUUGCUGAGCAGAUGCAAAACCUACUCCAGUGCACAUCCUCGCGGCCACCUCCCGCCAAAACGGCGGCUGCUUCACCACCUCCUCGUGUGAGUGCCGAGCCGCAGCCAGUCUUGGGGUGCGUUGAAGCGGGAACCCCGAAUGCGUUGCCCGAAGACGACCGUCGCGCUUCUUUUGCUCAGCACGUGCAGGGUGAGACGGACACUCCACCGCUCAAGCGACAGCGCACGACGUCGCGAGGCAGCGGCACGCGCGAGGACGAGGUCGUGAUCGAUUAG